AUGCCUAUCGUACAUUUACCUUCACUUCAAGCCUCGCUUAGCCGAACAUUGGACAAGUCAGAAAAGAACUGGCUAUACUCGCUUUGCGCCCUCACAUCGACUCAUAUGUCUGGGAAGAGUAUAGUUGCACCGGGACCUCCUUCCUGGGAAACCGCUGGGCGCUUUUUUCUUGAUGAAUGUAUCAUGAUUCGGCAGAGUUAUGACUUCGUGGAGGAUAGAACUCUUGCGGCUGUUAUAUCAUCAUACUUUGUAUCAACAGCUUUUUUUGAACUCAAUCAGUCGCGUAAAUCGUGGUAUUAUCUAAGAGAAGCAAUGACGAUGGGGCAAGAUCUUGGAUUGCAUGAUGAGAAGUCAUAUGCCACAUUGCCUCCAGCAGAAGCUUUGUGCCGUCGUCGGACUUUUUGGAUAUUGUACGUGACAGAAAGAUCAUUUGCCAUCCUACGCCACAAGCCACUCACUUUGCAGAAAACGCCCAACCUUCCCAACACUGUUCACGAUUACGAAGCCCCAGAGAUACACGAGGGUUUUUUGCAUCUGGUAAACUCCUACCACCUUCUAAACUCAUCUUUCGUCGACUCAUGGAACGAAGCAUCCAAUGCCCCUGCAUCGACGCUGAUCUACACGGCACUCCAACAACAACUAAACUUAUCUCACCCAGCCCAACUAUCACUAACCGACAUCCAACGAGCCGACAUCCUCGUAACCCAACAAUGGCUCAAACUAAUCGUCUGGCAAUCCUCCAUGCGCCAAGGUCUCCUCUCCUCCACCGCCUCAAACGAAAGCAUGACCUUCAGCUACCCCCUCAAAAUCGCCCACUCCCUUCUAGGCGUCAUCUCCUCCCUCCCAACCACCAGCAUCGAAGUCCACGGCAUGGGAAUCUUCGAAAAGAUCUUCGAAGUCAGCAACACCAUGCUCGACGUAAUGCAGGCAUAUGGAAAUAAAAUCCAAAACGACCACUACGGCGUGACGCAGGACCCGUUCGAGAUAUUCAUCAGAACGCUCAGUCAGACGCCGAAUUCGCAGCGCCAAUACGCGAAUCUGCUCCUUGCGAAGGCGGCUGAGAAGCCUGAGAUUCAGCGGUUCUCGCAAUCUCCGCUGCCGGCACUGAGUGCCCGAACUGGUGUGAUGAUCAGUGAUUGUGGGUUUACUGAUAAUCAUAAGUUAUUGCCGAAAACGGAGGUUGGGCAGUGGAGAGGAAGUGUUGUUGGGGAGAUUGAUGAGGAUAGUGUUGUCAAGGUUGGUGGUGAUCAUACGGAAAUGGAUAACGGAGGGUAG